CUCGUAUGUUUUUUGAUUUUCUUUUCUAUUUUAAAUACUCUAAAUAUUUGAUCUUUUGAAGAUAUUGUAAAUUAUAAAUUUUUUAGCACACAUGAUAAUAACAACACCGACCAAGAUCGUUUUCUUCGCAUUACUUAUUUAAUAUUGUUAUGGAUCCAGGCAAUAAUAAACAAACUAAAGGGUUACUUUGUAGCCUUAAAUAUUUAAAACUCUGGAAACGUAAUAAUACAUCUAAUACCGUAAAUGUAAGCAACAGAAACUCGCCUAAGGGGGGUAGCGCUCAGAAUAAUGCGAAUGUGGUAGUUUUCCGAAGAAAUUUAACUGCCAACUCUUUGGAUGAAAUGACACCACUCAGAAGAUCAGGAAGCCAGUUAAGAAAAAGUUUAAGAAAGUGGCAUAGAAGAAUGAAAAACUGUUUUUCGAAAAACGGACAUGUAAAUGGCAGGCAGAUUACUAUUUGUCCUGCACCUGCUGCAUCAGAUUCUAGAGUCGUGUUGUCAUCAACGAGUGUUAAUAGAGAGAAUAUCUAUUCCCUGGAUCCACUAAGUAUUGAAAGGGAAACAAAGUCUCCAUUAUUGGACCAAACUACAGAUACCACAAUAAGCCCUUUAAGGUAUAUGACAAGAGAAAGUGGUAUAUCUGCAGUGUUAGAUGAGAGAGGAGUAUCUGUUACUGGCAGUGUUCCUAGGAAUGAUGUGUCCAGCCUUGCACAUUGUGUCUGGUACUGGGGACCAGCUUCCCGAGUACAAGUUGAGGCUAAACUAGCGGAAGCAUGUGAUGGUUCCUUCCUUGUUAGAGAUUCUUCAUCUGAUAGGUAUAUAUUUUCAAUAAGUUUUCGAAGUGUUGGCAUAACACUCCAUUCAAGAAUUGAAUUUACCAGUAGAAGCGGUUAUAAACUGUUUGACCAUGAUGGUUAUUCAAGUGUUAAGGAAUUGAUCGAGCAAGCAAUGGAAGUGUCGCGAAACGGAAUUUAUUGUUACACAAAAAAUCGGGCCGCCAAUAUGCCGAAUUAUCCAGUGAGAUUAACAAAUCCCAUUUCAAGGUACGAGGAGGUUAGGUCCUUACAGAAUUUGUCUCGCUUUGUUAUCAGACAAUAUGUUAACUUGAAUGAUAUUGACAAGUUGUGUUUGCCUAUAGCUCUGAGGUCUUAUUUGAAGGAAGAGAUGAUAUAUUGAGUUUUUGUGAUUUAAGUGAAAUAGAAACAAUAGUAAGUGCAAUUCGGUAGGUUUUGUUAUGUCAUUAGGAGUUAAAUGAUUCCUAAAGUAACUUUUUCCCCAGAAGCCGCCUUGUAACACUAUUUUACAAGGCUUUACACUUUUUCAUGUUUAUAUUUUUUUGAAUUUUAGAGUUUGUUAUUUUAUUUUUAUCUUAGUCCCUAUUUUUACGAUUUUCAAUGUGAUAAACCGAUUUUUAAAUAAAAAUAAA